AUGGAGACCGGGGCGGGCCGCGCGGUGUGCCUCCUGGCCCUUUUUUUCGGCGUCCUCGGUGUAGCUGCGGACGGCUGCGAGCCUCUGGUGUCGCGGCUGGCGUCGGCGUGCCCAGAGCGUGCCUCCCUCGGGGCGUCGGGGGACGAGAGCCUGGGCUUCGCGUCGGACUGCUGCCGGGCGCUGGCGCGGUUGAACGACUCCGGGUGUCUUUGCGAGAACGACCUGCGGGAUUUGCUGUGGAACGAUUUGGAUUCGCGGCACUUCGUGGCGGCAUUGGUGGAUGCUGGCCGUCCGCCCCCCGCCGGAUGCGGGUUGAGCGUUUUUGCAUCAUUUGGAAGCGAAGAUUGCAGUCCCGUCCGAGAUCUCUUCACCGAUCACCUGAGUGACCUACGUGGGGGACAAGACAAUAUUGCAGAGGGGACAUACGCCACAGCUCGAAGAUUGCAAGCCCAGGGCAACUGCAAAGGAGGAGGUCACAUAAUCAAGGUCUUAGAGGGCUUCAAAGAAGCUUUUGGAGAGCUGCUGGAGGGUGUCAACUCUGACCAGGACGUUUCCGAAUUGCUCCGUGGAGAUGGACCAGUCACAAUGUUCACGCCCAUCAGCACAGGUAUCCAAGUUGAAAUUGUUGUGGAUGGGAGCACCGUCGUUGAGGAUGUGGACACCACUCUAAAAAGACACAUUGUGCUGGGAAGUUAUCCUACAAAGAAACUCAGAGGGGGUGACAACCUUACCGCAGAGAAUGGCGAGAUUUUGGAGAUAAAGGAAGAAUCUGGUCGUUUGCUCGUGAACGGUGUUCAAAUCAUUCAAGAAGAUAUAAGUGCUUGUAACGGAUGGAUACACGGUGAGUGUCCCGUAUGGCUUCGAUUGCCAUAA